GGAUAUGGUGAUUCCGGUGGAUAUGGCGGACAUGCCAACCAAGAAUAUUCACACACAGUGGAAGUUACCAAACAUGUGCCGGUACCAGUUUAUAGACAUGAAACGGUGCCGAUUCCACAUGCCGUGCCUGUUCCUGUAGCGAAACCAGUAGCCAUUCCGGUGCCUCAACCUUACCCAGUUCAUAUUAAAGUGCCUCAACCAAUUGCCGUGCCGGUCAUCAAAACCAUUACCAUCCCUAUUGAGAAACCCGUUCCCUACAAGAUCGAGAAGAUAGUUCAUUAUCAUGUCGAAAAGCCCGUUCCAGUUCCAGUAGAGAAACAUGUGCCUGUGAAGAUCAGCAACCCAGUUCCAGUUAAGGUGCCAGUUUACAAAGUGGUUUAUCACAAUGAAAAACAUCACUAGUUUCUGAAGGAGAACUUCAAGGAACAAGACUGAUACACCUUUACCUCAUCCUUUCUUCAUCUUAGUUUUAGCUGCUUUGUGAUUCUGUGCUUCGCCAUUCAUUGUUGUUAUGUUU